AUGGAUAAAUCUAUCUUCAAGGAACUGCAGACAAAAGUUGAUCAUGAAACAUCUUUGCGAGAUGAAUUAGGCUCUCGUGUGGAAACGAUUGAUCAAGAAACAAAAGUAUUACGUCUCUUACUUGGAGAAGUUGAAAUCUCAAAGAACCAAACGUCCAUUGAUAUUACAAGGAGCAUUGAGGUUAUAAAAGUGAAAAUUCAAGAAUUGGCGGAUGUGGCAUCUGAACAUUCUUACUACAAAUAUGUUAAUGUCUGGGACAGAGCGAUUCAAGAAGUCGCAUGCUUGACUUUGUUGGCAACUUGGAGAGGUGCUCUCCCAGGACAUGAAGACAAGAAGUACCACGUUUUGACUCUGGAAGAAGUUGGUCAAAUUUUGAACGUUCCUGUGUAUCCUGAAGAAGUUAAAUUUCACAUUUCGAUUGAGGAGUAUUUACAUGGUGUUUUGUCCAUAAGUACUGAACUGGCACGAUUAUCUGUUAAUGCUGUGAUUUAUGGCAACAAAGAGGUUCCUUUGAAAUCGCUUCAAACUAUUGAAAAUGUACACUCGUCCUUCCAAUUGUUAUCACUGAAAAAUGACUCUUUACGCCGUCAUUUCGACAGCUUAAAAUAUCAACUCAAAAGAGCUGAAGAUGUGGUUUAUGAUAUGAGAAUUCAUAAUCUGUUAGAUGAAUAA